AUGUCUUUAUCUUACAGGCUCACUUCUUUGUUACUUGCAAUUAUUCUUGCCUUUGCCGCAACAUGCCACGCACGAUCCUGUCCCCCUGUCUGGAACAAGGUUGCUGCAGACCUGAGAAGCUCCUUUGCAGGAUGUCCCUCUGAGGCGAGACAGGCAAUGCGCGCCGCGUUCCAUGAUUGCUUCCCUGGAUCCUGCGACGGCUCUCUGAUCUUGGCCAACGAGUGUCUCGACAGGGAAGAGAAUGUACAGAUGCAGCCCAUCUGCGAGUUACUGGGCGAAAAGGCCAUUACCUACAACGUCAGCACCGCCGACAUGAUCCAAGCGGCAGCAGCCUUCGGAGUUGCGGCCUGCGGGGGUCCCAAAGUCUACUUUUUCGUCGGGCGAAAGGAUUCCGCUAUACCAAAUGCCGAGGGCACGCUGCCCACGCAAGACUCCGACGCCGCCUCCCAGAUAACCGCCUUCAAGAAGAAGGGCUUCACGGCCACUGAUCUCGUGGCCCUCGUCGGGGCGCACAGCGCGGGUCAGAGCAUCCAGGAGCUGUCUUUCGAUUCGACCCCCGAGAGGCUGGACAGCACCGUCUUCUACCCCGAGACGUUCCAAGAGAUGACGCCGACCUCGUUGGGCAGCGACGUCGCCCUUAGCAACUCCCGGGAGACCAAGAACAUCUGGAAGGGGUUUGGGGCGAGCCAAACGCGGUGGAAUUCCGCGUUCAAGCUGGCGAUGGCCAAGAUGAGCAUCAUGGGAAACGACCUAGGGAAGCUUGCAGACUGCUCAAAACUGGUCGCCUGA